AUGGGUAGUCCACUUGGGCCAACCCUCGCCGAUGUUUUUAUGGAUUACCUAGAAGAAAAGGUAUCCUCAGAAUUAAACAUGACAACAGUAUACAGGAGAUACGUGGAUGAUAUAUUCACGAUUGUUGACAACAAGGAAGACGCCUCCGACCUACUUUGCCUGAUGAAUAAUCUGCAUCCUAAAAUCAAAUUUACGAUGGAAAUGGAGCAGUUUAACAAGUUACCCUUCCUGGACGUCCUCAUGUUUAGAGAGGAUGAUGGUUAAAUAAGACGCUCCGUCUUCCACAAGAUUACGUGGAAAGGGCACUACCUACAUUUUAAAAGCUUUGCGCCAAUACAAUGGAAACGUAAUCUAGUACAUACUCUUUUUAAGAGAGCGAGAAAUAUUUGCUCCAGGGAUACCAUAUAUACAGAAACUGCCCGUAUCAAAGAAGCCUUACUUAAUCGUGUUUAUCCUGCACGCUUCAUUCAGAAGUACAGCAACCAUUUACGGCCAAAGUUAACGGAACAGUCCAUUCCGAAGAAGUCCGUUAUAAUAUGUCUACAUUUUAAGGGUGACAACUUCUCAAACACAAUCAAGCGACGCUUGCGUUGAACUAUAGAAAGAACGUACAACGCAGCAGAGCUUAUCUUCAUCAGUUCCACAAAAAGUCUUCCAAUUAACCGGGCAAAGGAUGCCUUGCCAAUGCACGCCACCCCCAAUUGUGUGGAUGAAUUCACAUGCACUUGCGGAUGUACGUACAUUGGGCGAACGCAAAGGCGAUUGGCAACCAGGGCCGCUGAGCAUUUGCCUAAUUGGCUUUUCAAACAGGAAAACAGAACCCCCCGUUCGUCUAUAACGAAACACCUGUUAGAUAGCGGUCAUGUUGUCGACCCUAAAGCAUCCUUUCGAGUACUUGUCCGAGCACGUACAACUCGAACCUUGCGUUAUUUGGAAGCAGCAUACAUACGGAGGGAGAAACCAGACCUGUGCAGCCAGUUAGAUCACGUGAUCAAUCUGCAAUUUCCCUGGUAAUCUCACGCCUCUAUUGUCCCCUGCCUGUGAUUUUUUGUUAACAUUUCGUCUCCCUUUUUCCUUUUUGAUGCUUAUGUGGACGUCUAAUCUGAUUAUUGAUAGCUUUGAACUUUGACCUUGUUCUUAUGCACUGCCAUUCUGUACAAAUUCAUACUGCUGUGCGCUUUUAUUCUUUACCUAUGUUAUGCAGAGACGGGUUGCAGUUGAAAAGCUGUCACGAAAUUUAUUGGCCCCAAUAAAUUCUGCUGUACAUGCUUGUUUUGAAAAUCCCAAUUGCCCCGAAUUUUGGCGAACUGUCCCGUACGUGAGGGAUGUCUCGGUAGCUCUCAAUCACCUUCUUACGCCCCUUGGGAAUGGAGUCGUACACAGACCGGAGACAAUCAUAUGGCGCCAGGUCAUGAGGCCGAAAGACCCAGCGCCAUGGCAGGAAACGUCUGGAGUCGUUUACGUGUCUGCUGCAGUUGCGGGCAAAGCAGCGGUUGAUCGAGCACACGGCAGCUGUGGAGAGGAACGACGCCACCUCCCAAGUCGCGGCUAAUCCGAUGGAUUCAUUUACACAUCCAUGUUCUUGCUGGAAGUGACGACCGCGUGAGCUUCGAACUCGAGUCAUGGUUUUCCGGUCCCCAAAAAAUCAACAGGCGCUACGACCUUCUCGCUCCAUAUUCGGCACUUGAAUUUAGUCUAGGUAAAGUUGCUAUCCGCGAGGAGAGCGUGUGGAUAACCACUGUCCCCGGUUUCAAUGUUGGCGAGUCAAAUCAUCCAAGAGUCCACACGGAUGACCCAUUGCGGUGUUCAGUCACUGGUCAGCGCUCAAUGAGCGCGGGACCAGAUAAUCUUUACCUGCGUGCGGACGCAUAGCAACUGAAUGGCAACGGCAUACUUCAACACCUGGCCUGUCGAGCUGUGAGGCACUCCGGAUCUGCAAAAUGUGAUAUGCAUGUAGUGGCCCAGCAGUUACAUCCUAUAGACGCAACACCUAUGCAAUCCACUGCCCUUAUAUGACUCUGUCUGUAAUGAUGGAUUCUAGUUAGUAUUUGAAACGUCAGGCUGAUAAAGCUUAUGCUUCAGUGGUCGUGUGUCCCUUUUUUGCAGCCAAAGGUUUACAGUAUACCACCUAUUUGGGAGAUACGAAGAUGACCAUCGGCAGUGAUCAUUUUAUGGGUUCGUUAUGAAUGAAGCCACUGCAAAUAAAUGAUAUCCCCGCCCACUGUAACCGUGAUACUGCGAAUGGGUCUCUUGACGCCAACGUAAAGGGUAGAAUUUUGGAAACGGACGUUUCCAUCAAUUGGAAUUACUACAUUUAUAUGUGCGCUUCGUAUCUUGCAGGCCCAUAGGCACUACGUUAAAAGGAGCCUGGACAACUAAAAAGACGUCUGACCAUGAACCGCCUUACGAAUGGAUUUAGAACGAUUAGACAAUGAGAUGACCGAGAAAAGUGGUUUUAAUGAGAAUGCCUUUGGGUCUAUUGUGCGCAGGCGCGGGUUAUUACACACGAAGAAACGAUGGAAAGACGGAGAAUCGCGAUCAUGUACUCGUGCAACUAUGCAGGACGUGCACGUGCCUAAAAUACUGCUGGGCAGUCUAAUAUGUUUACUGAAAUUGGGUAAAGUCCCCAGUGAAAGAUUAGAGGUCAAGCAUUACUGUCAUUAUAUGCCGCAUGAUAAUCGCCAUAGAAAGGCUACGACAGUGUUUGGUGGCUAGCAGUAUAAGCCUUAUAUGCCUUUCUUAGACAUACUUAUGCUAAAGAUGCGGUCAGAAUGAUCCGUCAGUGGACUGACGGACGUAGUUUCCCGUUCUAUGCGAGUUGGGAGAAGCCGUUUGUUCAUAGAGCUAUCAGCUUGGUUACGAAUGAAUUUGACUCUCAGCUUGCUGUAGGAUGAUGUAGAUGCUGGACUAAGAAAAUGACUGUGCACAACCCCUAUUUUUUCAGAAUCUGGAAACACCAAAGUUCUUAACACAUUUGGCACUGCAGGAGAAACCACCCACAUUAAAGGAGGAAUGUAGGCACAGAGAGGCAAUAAAAGCAUUCUGUCCAGGUUUGACGAAGUUAGGAAUUGUGUUCAAAGGCGCGCUAGUAACGUGAUUUUUAAAUUGAACGUCUUAUCGACAAAACACGCAAGUUGGUCCCUUACAUUCCUAGCACAACAACCACUGUAUCCUAUCGAAGCUGGUAAAUACAUGGGUAAUGUUUGGUAAUUAUGAAUUGACGUAUGAAGAGAAAGGGCAAUUGAUAGCAUUCACAUACUGGUGCGAAACAACGACCCGUGGUCCCAUAGUUUACACAUUUUCAGUCAUAACUGAGAUACAACAAAUGUGGGACAGACAGGCUUCAUGUGUCUUCAUAGGACCUUCGUUGUGGAAUAAUAUCUAUGGCACUUUUAUUGACGUCUUAAGGGUUUGAAUAGGGUAAUUCAUUUAUAGGACACGUGCCCCAAAAGAAAAGUGAAAGAAAGGUACAGCUAUGGUUAUAGAUGUGCCGACAUAAUUAUUGGCAAAUAUGGUUUAUACAUAGCCGUUAAAGUGCCUAUUCAUUUUAGGUAUUCUUUGUUUUACAAAAGCGGUAUUCCUCUUUAUUACUAUACUUACCCGGUUUAUUUGGCAUCUUCUGCGGUCGUUUCCCGACAAGUUUAUGUUCAUUCUUAAUGAAGAAUUUACUAUUACUAUUUUACUAACCAAUCACUUGUCAGUUUCGUGGUCCGCAGUGUUGUUAAUAUUUGACAUGUUCUAGCUCCGUUUUCAGUAUAUUCAUUUGAUUUUACUAUUCAACAACUUUAUAAGUUAACUUAUAAAGACAAUUGUCUUUCAUUGCUCCACUUGUUGUACUGCCCUAGCGUUCUCCAUUUACGAUCGUAGAAGCUAUGUUUGAUGCAUUGUGAAUAUUGGAGCUAGUUAUCAAAUCCUCAGACUCCCGAGGGUAGCCACCUUACAAUAAUAAGGUCCAGAUCGUUGGCAUUGGAAUACUAAGGGUCACUCACAACUCCACAGAAGGGGUCUUCAUUAUUACGUAUCGUUAUUCCGAACCGAAUUUUAAAACCAAACAUUUUAGUUGCAUUAACCACGCUGAGCACUUUGGAGGUAGAUUUAAUAGGCUAAAAUUAAGGCGGGUUACAUAAUAGAUUUAUAAAUUUAGGCUCAUGUCUGGGAAGUUGGCAGAAGCCGAAGAGUUUAUCAAGAAGGCCGAGAAAAGGUACUGCUUUUGCAUUGUAAUUUUUAGUCUCAAAACUUCGCUUCUAAAGUGGAAGCCGGAUUUAGACAGUGCUAUUGAAUACUAUGGCAAAGCUGCGAUAAUUUAUCAAAAUCUGAAAAUGCGUAAGGAAUCGGCCGAACUGUACUGCCUCGUAUGUUCUGAUGUUUUGCGCUUAUUCUUGCAGAUAGCGAAGUUAAAUGCAGAUAAUGGAUCGUUUUUUCAUUGCGCGAAGGCUUACGACACGGCUUCCCUUUUGUAUCGUGAAAUACCAGAUUUUCCCAAAAUGAUUGAAUGCGUAGAAACGGCGGGCAAAAUGUUACGACAAAAUGGCGUUCCUGACAGUGCAACAGGCAUAUACAAAAAGGCUGCUAAGUAAGUCUUCUCACGGCACUUAUGCAAAUGCUCCGUUACCUUGUCCCCUAUGCUGUGUUCUAGUAUUUUCUCUGUACUAUGCCCUAUGUCCUAUCAAGUUUAGUAUGCAAGACAGAGGACGCAAGAGAAUCUAAAAGAAAAAUAUACGCCGAAGCAGUGUAUGGAGUUACUGCGAAAACUUUUGGAUUCACUUAGCUGCGCUGCAGUGACUAGAUCAUCGAAAGAACUUUGCAGUCGUCUGCCCAGAAGUCUCACGACGAUGAUUUCCCCUGCCAACCCUGUAAAAUGACAAAGCGAGCUUGGGAUGAUCGCAACCAAUGGUAAAGUGAAGUGGUGACCUCCAUGAAGGAAGACGUUUGUGACGCUCGAAAAUUCUACUAAAUUAUUCGUCAAGUUGGUGUUAAGUCCCGUCACUGAGUGACUGUUCGCUAUGCGAAUGACAGCUUUAUCGUCGACAACUCGGGCAACGUCGGGGGAUUGAGUGAGAACUUUGAGUACCUCAACUUCGAUGACCAACCCAUCACACCCUCUACAGCGGAGUUUCAGCCUCUCCAGUCUAUACAGUGUCACGUAAUUCCCCUUUUCAAGGAGAAAUCGCCAAUGCAAUACAGAGGCUGCAAAACAACAAGUCACCUAUGGAGGACGGUUUUCCCUCUGAAGUGUACAAGUCCCGUGGCAGCAGUAACGCCCAGGUGACUGAGCAAGCAUGGGGGGAUAAGGUCGUCCCUGUUAAGUGGGGCUCAGGCAUCUUUUUAUCUGUCUUUAAGAGGGGAGACAAAGCAAACUACGAGAACUACCGCAGCAUAAGUGUCAUCGAAUUCGCUGUUAAGUUCUUAACUACGAUCCUUCUCAGGCGAUUCGCUGGUGUUCGUAACUCAAGGACGAGACCCAAACAAACCGGGUUCCAGGCUGGGCGUGGACGUGCGGACAACGUAUUCACACUGAAACGCAUUCUUGAAUUUCGCCAUGGCUACCAGCAACCGAUGCCCGUCCGCUUUGUCGACUUUGCCCCAGCGUUAUGCUUCGUUCGUCGCGAAUCGCUGUGGCGGAUUAUAGAAUUAGAUGGUACGCCGACAGAUGUCUUCGCUAUGAUUAAAAUCCAUUAUAGCUCCACAACCGCCCGACUUUCCGUUCGUCAAAAUAUCUCCCAAUCGUUCCAUAUUAGGUGUGACGCUCGACAAGUGUGUGUUCUGUCGCCCAUUAUGUUCAUCUACGCCAUUGAGGGACUCUCUGAAUGGCUCCACAAGACUUUGAUGCUCUUGGGCUUGCACCCUCACGUCAGCUGACAUAUCUUGACCACGCCGACGAUAUUGCCCCAACCAAUCUCGAGCUUUAAUGAUCUACUGUCUGUGGUGUCAUGGGGAGUGAAGUCGCCAUUUCGGUCGGUUUGUACACCAACGCUGGGACGCCUAAAUUUUUUUAGAGCUGCAUCCCUGACCGGGAGAAGGCACCCAUCGGGAUUAAUAGUUGUCAACUUGGACAAGUAGACAGUUCCAAAUGCCUCAGGGCGGGGCUGCUGCCCAACGGACAUAGUAAGGACGAUAUUGACUCCCGAACCGGUGGGUUUUCUCAAUCCUUAAAAAGUGCCCAUAAACCCGAAGCGACAUCGCCAUUGUCACGAAAAUCUGCGUGUGAUGUACGUCCGUCCAAUCAGUUUUCUAUGGUUGUGAAUGCUGAAUUUUGCGCGUGACUGAGACAGUUUCGGCGCGUUCUAUGUCUUCCGUGUCAUGAGCUCGAUUAUAAUGCCCUCGAUCCGACGCUACGGUUCACCUUGAGGCGUCGAAUAGGAAACCAAAUCAUAACCUGGCUCAAUUUAUCAAGUCAUAGAAGUGAUUGUCUGAUCUUCGGUAUUUGACCUCUGUAGAUUGAGAAGAAUAGAUGGAGCUGCCCAUAUCCGCUGCUGCAGAUCGUCGCGCGUAGAGAAGUAUGGUCAGCAACAUCGCCGAGGCAGGUUAGGUCAGGCAUGAUCACAGGUGCACCAAGUCAAGUCAUAUAGACGCGACGGAACGACAAGACGUUUGGAAAUGGACAAGUUGGUCGUGGAAUGCCAUCCUGCACGCCAAGCUAGGGGCGACAGUAUGACGUGUUCCGUUUACAAUUCAGAGUUUUUAAAGCAGAAAUGUACACUUGGGCUGCUGCACUUUUUAGCUUUUAAAAAUCCGAACCGAAGUUCCAGAUUGCAUAUGGAUUAUUCGUCAGGAGAUUAUCACUAUAUUUUACUAACUAGUUGCAACUUUCGUUACGCUGAGCGGCCGAGUGUUUUCUGAACAGAUUCAUCUCUCAUUGGUCUACUUGCCAAUUGAGGUAGACAAGUCAAAGGAAAUACCGACUAUAAAUACCUCUAACAGUUUUUUUUUCAGGGAAGGAUCGCCUAAACCGUGACGUUAAAACGUCAUCAUGCCAUUUCUAGCUGAUUGCGAUACAAUGCUCACAGUUGUAUCACGCACGGCUGCAUACUUCAGUGAUAUUUUGUUGGUUGUCGACUUAAAGUAUGAGUAUUAUAAAGAUUGGGUAAAUUUGCUGAGGAUUUUAUCAGUUAGGACUUCAAAACAAACGUGAAUACUGAUCUUUUGCAGAUUCCUUGCCUCGGAACCAUAGUUAACACAGAGGAACCGCACCGAAAGGGUUGAUUGUCACCUCUGAAUAUGCUAUGGGGAUUUAAAACUCAACUUUCAAAAUGAAAUCCUAGGACUCUUUUCUGUCAGUUACGAAAAGAGCGGUGGCAAGCCUAAAAAUAUAUCUCUGCGACGGGGACUACUCUCGUGUUUCACCCCGGAAGCAACUGUUCUGUGCUGGUUUACGUGAAGUCCUUGGAGCUAUUGCACAUCCGCUGAACUGGUUUGAACUGUUGGGUAGAUAGUUAAAAGUGAAAUCGAAUGUCGGACCAGUCGACUACACGCCUGCCCUCUCUGGAUCUUAUAGAAGCGGCGUUCUGUCAACUGAAACAGAAUAUGCGCGACUGCGCCCAGAUAACAUCUAUUUCCUAAGAAGUGUCCGAUAUCUAGCAUUCACCGACUUUUUUCCGGAUUAGUCAGUCACCUUGUGUUAUUCGAUGCACAAUCUGCUCGUUCACUUGAACGUACCGGCCACGCACUUCACCAUCGUGAAGGUGACAUUGCUCGGGUGUUGUCUCACUGGUAUACGAUCCUGUCUGAUAACGUCGCCGGGAUGAGCAGCCAUGAGGCGAAUAAAAGUGGGCCUAUGGCGCCAUAAUUUGCGCUUCAUGUGUCCGGCGCGCCAAGUAGCUAACUUGGAACCUGCAGUGCGAGACAAUCGGUAGAAACACAGCUUUGCUGCAUCACGGGCCGACUGAAUCGACAGCUACGGUAAAAAUCCCGUCACAAGCAGUAGGUGUGUUUUUAAUAAGAUGGGUUACAAUCCAUGCGGGAUUGUCCCACAACCUACGCGUAUUCAUUUUCGUGCAUUUAGUUUUACAACUUUCCCGCAGCCUAGUCACAACCUAAUUUUAUCUUGUACCAAAGAGCACUGGAAAGCCAAAUGCCAGAAAAGUCUACUGAAUUCUAUGAAAACGCCGCCGAGACUGCAGAAGUAAGUUGUUUUUCCUCAGUGUUUACUAUUCGAAAUUCCCUAUUUUCUUUAUGUGAUGCUAAAUUCAAUUUAAGUCAUACUAAGGUAUUAUUUCAUUCUCCUGGUCGCGCGCUUUCCUCAACUGUGAGUUUGCCCUUUUUAUUUCCGACGUAGGAGUAACUGUUGUUUACAAGGUAUCGAUCGGAAGGAAGUGCUCUAACCACCAGCCAACCCAAGUGCAGUUGGGCCUCCCAAGGUGAAAAUCCUAUCUUACAUCGGUGCCAGACGAUUAAGCCUACUGUCCGUUUGAGAAAAGGGUGUCUUUAGCAUCUAGGAAAACUUCAAUUCCCAAAUAAUUCUGAACCCGACCUGAAGUUUCACUUGCGCUUGGAGUCUCCGUACUGCAUGCUUAUAAGUGGCCGUUUCAGCUCCCUUUUUUCGGCAACGUUAUUCUGCCCGUAUAAGUAAUUACUGAGCGGCUGCUGGAUGAAUCGAGAUUGAGGCCCAAGGCACAAUGGUACGAGUGUGCCCCGUAACGUAAUUGGCCAGCGUCACCCUACCAUUGUUUAUAUAUAUGUAUAUAUACAUAGAAAAUAGUAAGAUUCUUUGGGAAGAAAAUGACCUUUGAUGCGUAAAUUUUCGGAACUGGUUCCCCAGCUCGUCGUCAGACUUCUGGGUUAUGUACAAAAACAGUUAACUAUUUAACCGUGUUGAACAAGUGAUUCUAUGGUUGGCCGAAGCUUGCGCCAAUGCGCGUCAAUGGUUUUUCGUCAUCCCCUCGGCAUUGGCUGCGCUCGCUCCCCUUUGUCCUUGAGAAAUUUGUAUGUAACAUCUAAAUCGAUAUGCCGAUUGAUGCAUGCCUCAUCUAAGUGCAUUGACUCCAGGAAUUCGCGACCUUUCCUUAUUGGGCAGGCGCCAACAAUGCGAGUGUUCUCCCACGUAAAUUUGUGUCCAGUGUCCAUUGUGUGCAUAGCCACCUGGGAUAGAUGAUCUCGUCCCUUCACCGCUAACUGAUGCUCAUGUAUACGGAUUGAGACAGAUUUCCCGGUCUGGUCACAAUAUACGGCAUCACAACUGGUAAAUGGGAUCAUGUAGACAACAUCUUUUCUAUCGAGAUAGCCAUCCCCGUACUUAGGGUGUACAAGCUGUGUACGAAGGUGGUUGCAGGUUAAUGCGCUACUUGUAUCUUAUGUUUUUUCAGCUGUCUUUUGACGACCUCAGAUACAUUUUUCACGUAUGGGAGAGUCCGUCAGGUGAAUGUUUUUGGUGCCUGGACGGCCGUAGUUUUCGAGAUACCUUUCUGUUUAAACUCAUGCUUCAUGCAAUGACGUACAAAGUCGCGCCGGUACCCGUUGUGGGAACAUAAUUUGAAAAGUUAUUUCACUUCUGCGUGAUAACUUUCUUCAUUAGAGCAGUGUGUUUUAGCUGGGUUUAGCAGGCUGUAGACAUUACUCCUCUUGUGAGAGACGGGAUGGUUACUCUUAGAAUGUAGGAUGACUUUGGAGUAGGUUUCCUUGCGAUAAACUGAAGUGUGAAGGGAUCCAUCAGUUCCUCGUCAUACGAGGACAUCCAGCAAUGAGAGUUGUCCAUCAACCUCUGUCUCGAAAGUGAACUUACUUCCUGUUUCACGGCCCUUGCCGGUCAUCAGUACGCCAGAGGCCAUAGAAAAUGAGGUAUAUAAACAUGUCAAGUAAGCGUCUGAUCUCGCAACAGUGAGGAUUAUUGGCCACCACCGCCGCCGCCACCACCACCACCAUCAUCAUCCAGUCAUACUCAACCCCAGGUACAGAUCACAUGGGACUCGAACCCGGAGUCUUUAUUCAUUGAGUGUGACACUACCAUUGAGUCACAGACGUGUUGUACUGUCAGUUGUGGUCGGGAGUAUUAAUUACGACAGAUGGAUGUUCACCGAUCAGGUUACGGAGCGUGCUCGUCCCGUUGUGCACUGGAGCUCAAACUAGAACCCUCAUAGGUUGUUGCAUAAUGCCUAGUAACAUGUAUAUAUAUAUCUAUAAUAUAUAUAUAUAAUAAUAUAUAAUAUAUAUAUAUAUAUAUAUCAAUCAGGAAUGGGCGCACACCGAUCUAUUGGCUUCACAAAGCAAACAAGCUCCGUAUGUGUGGCAAGGGUCACGAACAGGCAACCAAUUACCAGGCCGAAGUCGGCCAAGUCAUAAUAGCAGCGAGGAGGGACGACAGAGAAUGCGGGUAGAUUGAUCAGCCAAUCAUAACCCUGACCACCAGCAGCUGAGACCAGAAACACAAACAUGCGCACAGACGCACCUGCAGCGACAGAGAAUGACAGGUGGCGAGGCACUGAUGAACUUCGGUUCGAUGAAGUGCUUAUGACCCAUCUGGUAGGCCUCAGUGGUGGACCGACUGCGCCAGGUGCGUCUGUGCGCAUGUUUGUGUUUCUGGUCUCAGCUGCUGGUGGUCAGGGUUAUGAUUGGCUGAUCAAUCUACCCGCAUUCUCUGUCGUCCCUCCUCGCUGCCAUAUAUAUAUAUAUGUAUAUAUGUUUAUCAUGAUCAGAGAAGACUCUUCGAAUAAUCGAGUUGUACUCAUGAAUUUUCAAGUUGGUGGCGCCAGCCAGACGAAAUGAACAAAGGAGAGAAGGAGAAUGACAGACUAGACUGGUUAGCGCAACUGGACAGAAGGUGUCAGACGCACAGAAUUACUUCAAGUUAUGGGACAGAGGGGAAGGGAAGCGAGGACUGUCUCUGCUCUCUGUGUUGGCGCGGAUGAGAUAGCGGAUCGGUUGGACUGCAGGCGGCUCGUUUAUGUGGGAUAGGGAUAGGGGUCAGUGGGCCGAUGUUAGUCUUAAGAGUUUCGGUUAUAGUUCCCCGUGUCGAAGGUAGGGGAUAGCAAGUCGGUGCGAUUCUACAUGACCGAGCAGGGACUACGAGCAGCAGCUUUUAGACGGUGGGCGCGAAUGCAAUGGUGGUCACACUUCAGGACGUACCCGAACACGAGCGACAAAGGGUAACUCCGAAAGUUGGCUUGCUUAUAGUCGUUAGUUCGAGUCCCCAGACGUCGGUCUGUAUGGCCAAAGUCGACGUAAGAACGGCGGUAAAUUAUAUUGGUUAGUUGCACGCGUACACAGGAUGCCGUAGACAUGCUGUCCUCGUUGGUAGAAUGGAGAAGAGAUUGGAGUUUCUUCAUCCUGAAUUCCUUCUUGGUGACGUUUAUUUUUUGCGGUGCGUCUUCGAGUAGGUUUUCUGAUAAGCAUUAAACGCACUGGCUUCUGGGGUCUUUAAAAGUCUUUUUCUUCACGCCAUCAAUUUAACGCAGUUUGCUGUGUUUUGUCCGAUGUCGCGAGCACUUUAAAUAGGAAGAAAUUAUGUCAAGUCCGACAUAGCAAUAUUGAAGGUGCCGAUGGACCUGUCUGUAAAAGGCUGCCAGUCAUUUCAAACAAAUCGAGAUUAAUGCAGUGCAAUUUCAAUUAUCCUGGAUGAACCGAUAAAGUGCCAUAGUCGCCCACCUCUUUCUUUGCCUUUUUGUUCAACACUACCAGCUUGAGGGCAAGGCUCUUGAGGGAGCCGAUCUUGCCAGCCAGGCAGCGCGUAUUUGGACCAGCCUUCAUCGUUUCACCGAAGCCGAACGGCUCCUACGCUAUGAAAUGAAGCUCUGUGAGUGCGCGGCCAACGAUGAUGCUGAAACUGCUUAUCGCGUCUGCGGUAAGGCUGUGCUGGCCCUGCUCAUCAUCAAAUUAUUCCAGGGGGACUCGGUUGCCGCCUCCAAGGUCUACGACGAGGCUGUUCAGUGCGUCUUCUCUUUCCCUUCAUCUUCCGAGAUCAUCCCUUGACGUUUUCUCCUGCCUAUUUAUAAAGCUAUUUUUUGUAUCUAUGCAAAUGCAAACCCACAGAGCCAGAAAAUUUUCUCCGAUUCUUUCUAGACGCUAUCGCUUCGGCCAGACAGACGACGCAGGACCUGCAGCCAGCCUUCUUCAGGUCUUUGACAGCAUGGAUGCAGCAGGCGCAGCCAACGUAGUUAAACUACCCACAUUUAGAGCAAUGGAAACAGAGGUAAUCCCGCGUGUUGCGCUUUCGACUCACCUUGGUGUUUAUAUUAAUGAAUAUGUCUACUUAUACGAUAUCGGUAGAUAUUAAUUUUAACUUUUUUGUACCCCACAGUAUUCGAGGCUGCUGCGAACCAUCAAGUUCCCCUCAGCUGAUUCAUUCGGCGAGUCCAAGGCGCCGAACCCUUCAGCAGAGGAAGACCCGGAAGAGGGCGGUGGAGAUGAGGCAGAAAACCAAGAUAUUUGUUAG